CAACCUGAUGAGCCUUCUCAAGCAAAGAUUUCGAAACAAACACGAAACCCAGCGAAGAUAAAAAGACCUAAAGAAAAAAAAACAGCACGAGAUCAGCGUCAGGAGCAGAAGUGCAAGCAAGAGCAGGAUAUCCACCAAGAGCAGGAACACGAAGAGGAGCUGGUCCUCGGCCAGGAAGAGCAGCAAGCAGAGUUAUUGACGACACAGAGCAGCCACACCGAUCCG